GGCUCAGUGGUAGAGCCCCUGCCUAGAAUCCCCCAGUGAGGGACUGGGGGCGUGGCCUAGUGGUAGAGCCCCUGCAGAGCACCCAUGAGGCCACAAUAUGACCAAAAAGGAAAGGCCAGGAAGAUAGUUUAGUUAGUAAGGCAGUUCCCUUUGUCCUGAGCUCUAAGUUCCCACAACUUGAGGACUAUGGUCCUCUCGUUGUGCCCGAUACAUGUUUUUGGAGGGGAAGGGACUGACGUGAGGCCAGUAGAAAAAUGCGCUGCAAGGAGGGAAAGAUGUAUGGGUGUGUUUGCCCGGAUAUGUCUCAGGGUGAGUGCAUGGGAGUUUAAGAAGAUAGUGGAGACGGAUGAUGCUUAGGUGGAUGUGCAGUAGGAGAAUAGGAUAGCAGGAUGGCCGGGUGUUUGGAAGGAUGGGGAGGGGAGGGGACAGACGCUUCAAAAGUCAGAUGCAGGCAUAGCUCAGCUGGCAAAGUGCUUGGGAGGACCUGAGUUUGGUUCCUAGAACCCAUAUGAAGAGCAAGGCAUGGAAUCCCAGCACUGGGGAGGUGGGCACCAUGGGAUACCUGGGGUUCGCUAGCUGGCCAGCCUAGCCUAAUUGGUGAGCUCCAGGUGAAUGAGAGACCCUGUCUCAAAAAGGUAGACAGUGUGGAAUGACAGCCGGAAGGAGGUCCCUUUGGAGGGAUGUUUGUUUAGAGGGCUGAAGAGAUGUUGGAUGCUCUGAAGAAAUGGGUGGCCGAUUGGACGGCAGGAAUGCCGUGUGGUGGGAGGCAGGUGGGAAAAUGCAGACAGCGUCCAUUCUUUUUGGGGCGCAGUGGGCAGCGCAGCCUCUUCCUCCUCCCCGCUGGGGGCUGACCAUGCUAAACUUUGUCAUGGGCUCUGACAGUGCUAGCCAGCGGUGAGCACCAGAUGGCUCAAGACAAACGUUAGCCGUCCGCAUCCUCAUCAUUCAGCUGUGGGGCUAGCCCUACGCUGCUACCUCUCUGGCCCAGCCUCAUGACCCCCCCACCCCCCCACUCCCUUUCCGCUCCUCAGUCUCCACUCCCACAUUUCACCCCUAUCACCCACCUUUUGCUUAAGACCCACACUGCAUAGGUCUUUAGGGUUCACCCAGGACACGGAGUGUGACGGCCUUCCUGUCACCUCCACCCCACCUUCCCUCCCUCGGACCAUCACCUUGAUGCUCAGGACAGAGCCCCGGCACACCUGUAUUCUGGGCCACAAACUAUUCAGAAAACAGGACAAGUGGGGUGUGAAGUGCAUAGGCUCAGGGGCGUAUGGAGGCCAGGCCAGUGAACUCAAACUGAAGCCUGUCUGGGGUGAGCCACAGUCAUCCUGUGAGGGGGGGAUCUGAGAGGAUCCUGAGAGAGCAGUGGAAGUUACAUUGUUUUUGAGACAGGGUCUCACCCAUGCAGGCGUGGCUGGUCUCGGACUCACAGACAUCCUCCCGAGUGCUGGGAUCAGAGGCGUGUGCCACCUUUACAGCCAGUGGCAGGUCUGGGGUUUUGACUCUGCAACUCUUGACGGUUAUAAAGUAGAGUGGCAUAUUUGAUUUGCGCCCUGGAGGUUGGAACAGGCGUGUUCCCUGGGGUUCACACAUGUGCAGCCUGCUCACUGGAAAGAUGGAGAGUCGCUGUGUAGGGGCCUCCAACUUCUCACCCCUGCUGUGGGGGUGCCAUGGUUUGUUCAGUUAAACCUAUCUGCAGCACUUAGUAUAAGGCCUGUGUGCCAUCAGAGACCUCUUGGUCUUGACUGAUGCCCUGUCAGAUGUGGGGGUUGUUGGGCGUGAGGACCAGAGAGCCCUGCCCCGUCCCUGGUCAGGAUUUCUGUGUGGGUGGCUUCCUGGGAGGUGAUUCUUGUGCCCUUCCAUCCAGCUCUGUGCACUCCAGGAACAGUUGCUCUGACCCUCCUCUCCAGGCGCUCCCCCACCCCCAUGAAGGGGCAGCUGGGCAGACUGCCUCAAUCUAAUUGUGUCUCCCUCACCCUCUUCCCACACCUGCCCCAUCUAGUGGAAAUGGAUGAUGAGGAUGGGAGAUGCUUACUAGACGUGAUUUGUGACCCUCAGGCCCUCAAUGACUUCUUGCAUGGAUCCGAAAAGCUGGACAGCGAUGACCUCCUGGAUGCCCCUGUGGAGGCCCAAAGUGCCUUCUAUGAAGGUUCUGGGCUCCAUGUGCAGGAAGCUCCCGGCAACCACCUAAACCCAGAGCCCAGCCAGCCUGCCCCUAGCGUGGACCUGGACUUCCUGGAAGAUGAUAUCUUGGGCUCCCCUGCAGCAGGAGGAGGUGGAGGGGGCGGUGGGGGCCCCGAGCAGCCCUGUGACAUUCUCCAGCAGAGUCUUCAGGAGGCCAACAUCACAGAACAGACCUUGGAGGCUGAGGCUGAGCUGGACCUGGGCCCCUUCCAGCUGCCCACCCUACAGCCCGCCGACAAUGGGGCCGGUGCUACUGCGGCUACGGGAGCCGCUACGGUGGCCGCGGGACCCCAGGCCCUCUUCCCCGGCAGCGCAGAUCUGCUGGGGCUGCAAGCUCCGCCCACUGUACUGACCCACCAGGCCUUGGUGCCACCUCAGGAUGUGGUCAACAAGGCCCUGAGCGUUCAGCCCUUCCUGCAGCCUGUGGGUCUGGGCAACGUGACCCUUCAGCCCAUUCCGGGCCUCCAGGGCCUCCCCAAUGGCAGCCCUGGGGGUGCCACAGCAGCCACCUUGGGUCUGGCACCUAUUCAAGUGGUGGGCCAGCCCGUCAUGGCCCUUAACCCGCCCACCUCCCAGCUCUUGGCAAAACAGGUGCCUGUCAGUGGCUACUUGGCCUCAGCAGCCGGGCCCUCAGAGCCAGUGACACUGGCCUCUGCCGGAGUGUCCCCCCAGGGGGCCGGCCUGGUCAUCCAGAAAAAUCUCCCAGCCGCAGUGACCACCACUCUCAAUGGGAACUCAGUGUUUGCCGGGACAGGGGCCGCCACGGCAGCAGCCAGUGGCGCACCCUCGGGACAGCCGCUGGCGGUGGCCUCGGGCCUUGGCACGUCACCACUGGUACAAGCACCCAAUGUGAUUUUACACAGAACCCCCACGCCCAUCCAACCCAAGCCUGCGGGGGUACUGCCCCCCAAACUCUACCAGCUGACACCCAAGCCCUUCACCCCCACGGGGGCAACCCUUACCAUCCAGGGUGAGCCAGGUACCCUGCCGCAGCAGCCUAAGGCCCCCCAGAACCUGACUUUCAUGGCGGCAGGCAAAGCUGGCCAGAACGUGGUGCUGUCCGGCUUCCCCGCACCGGCCUUGCAGGCGAAUGUAUUCAAGCAGCCACCAGUCACCACCACGGGGACAGCUCCGCCGCAGCCCCCCGCGGCCCUCAGCAAGCCCAUGAGCGUCCACCUCCUCAAUCAAGGCAGCAGUAUCGUGAUCCCAGCCCAGCACAUGCUGCCUGGCCAGAACCAGUUCCUGCUGCCAGGCACCCCAGCCGUUCAGCUCCCCCAGUCACUCUCUGCCCUGCCUGCCAACGUGGGUGGCCAGAUCCUCACGGCCGCAGCACCCCAUGCAGGCGGACAACUCAUUGCCAACCCGAUCCUCACCAACCAGAACCUGGCAGGCCCACUGAGUCUAGGCCCAGUGCUGGCACCCCACUCGGGAGCGCACAGCGCCGCGCACAUCCUUUCCGCAGCCCCCAUCCAAGUGGGCCAGCCCGCUCUCUUCCAGAUGCCUGUGUCGCUGGCCACCGGCAGCCUGCCCACCCAGAGCCAGCCGGCUCCCACUGGCUCCACCGCCACCACCGUCCUCCAGGGCGUCACCCUGCCCCCCAGUGCGGUGGCCAUGCUCAACACCCCCGAUGGACUGGUGCAGUCCGCCACCCCAGCUGCUACCACUGGCGAGGCCACGCCCGUUCUGGCAGUUCAGCCUGUCACCCAGGUGCCCUCCGCUGUCACCACGUCACUGCCUGUGGGUCUCCAGCAGCCACAGGCGCAGCCGCCUCCACAGGCCCCUACUCCACAGGCGGCCACCCAGCCUCAGGCCACCCCUCCUCAGGCCAGCCCAGAGAAGAUAGUCCUGGGGCAGCCGCCCCCUGCGGCCACAACGGCCAUCCUCACUCAGGAUUCCCUCCAGAUGUUCCUGCCCCAGGAGAGGAGCCAGCAGCCCCUCCCUACAGAGGGUCCCCACCUCUCGGUGCCUGCCUCGGUCAUAGUCAGCGCCCCGCCUCCUGCCCAAGACCCAGCCCUGGCCACACCCGUGACCAAAGGAGCUGGCCUCGGCGGCGCUCAGACCCCCGACAGCCAGGCUUCCCCAGCUCCGGCUCCCCAGAUCCCUGCAGCUGCUCCACUUAAAGCCCCGGGCCCCGCCUCCUCCCCAUCACUACCUCACCAGGCCCCCCUGGGAGACAGUCCCCACAUGCCCUCCCCACACCCUGCCAGGCCCCCUUCCCGCCCGCCCUCAAGACCCCACUCGCGCCCUCCAUCCCAGCCCCAGAGCCUGACCUGCCCACCCUUGGAGUCCAACCUGCACCCCUGCCCUCAGCCCCAGGGUCCCCCAACUCUGCCUGGUAUCUUUGUGAUCCAGAAUCAAUUGGGUGCUCCACCACCAGGGCACCCCAGCCCCACGGCCCCAGGCCCACCCCAGACCCCUCUGCGACCCCCAUCCCAGCCCCCUGAGGGCCCACCCCCGGCCCCCCACCUCCCUCCUGCCUCGACCCCCUCCUCCACUGUGGCCUCCUCCUCUGAGCCUUCCACCAGGGUGCCAGUCCCCACACCCCCUGACUUCCAGCUCCAGUUCCCACCGGGCCAGGGACCCCAUAAGUCCCCCACUCCGCCACCAGCCCUCCACAUGGUCCCUGAGCCCACAGCGCCCCCUCCUCCUCCACCACCUCGGACCUUCCAGAUGGUAACUGCCCCCUUUCCAGCGCUGCCCCAGCCAAAAGCACUUCUGGAAAGAUUCCACCAGGUACCAUCUGGGAUUAUCCUCCAGAAUAAGGCUGGGGGCACCCCCGCCACCCCACAGACGUCUACUACCCUGGGGCCCCUCUCCAGUCCUCCUGCCUCUGUGCUAGGCAGCGGACAGGCGCCGCCUGGGACUCCUGCCGCCUCCAGCCAUGCUCCAGCCUCCACGCCUAUGGCCACCACAGGCCUCCCCCCUCUACUUCCUGCCGAAAACAAAGCUUUUGCCAGCAACCUUCCAACCCUGAGUGUGGCCAAAGCUGCUGUGUCCGGGCCCGGGAAGUCCCCAGCACUGCAGUAUGACAGCAAGUUGUGUAGCCUGAAGAAACAGCCCCAGCUGCAACCCAGCAAAGAAGCCUGCUUCCUGGAGCAUCUGCACAAACAUCAGGGUUCCGUCCUGCACCCCGAUUACAAGACAGCCUUCCCCUCCUUCGAGGACGCCCUCCAUCGCCUCCUGCCCUACCACGUCUACCAGGGUGCCCUCCCCUCCCCCAACGACUACCACAAAGUGGAUGAAGAAUUUGAGACUGUCUCCACACAGCUCCUCAAACGCACCCAGGCCAUGCUCAAUAAAUACCGGCUCUUGCUUCUGGAAGAGUCCAGGAGAGUCAGUCCUUCCGCGGAGAUGGUUAUGAUCGACCGAAUGUUCAUUCAGGAGGAGAAGACCACCCUUGCCUUGGAUAAGCAGCUCGCCAAGGAGAAGCCUGACGAGUACGUGUCUUCCUCCCGCUCCCUCGGCUUCCCUGUCCCAGUGUCUUCCGAGGGUCACCGGCUCCCCAGCCAUGGCCCAUCAUCCUCAUCUUCCACAUCCGGAACCUCGGCCCAGCCCCCUCCCCACCUGCCCACCAAGCUAGUGAUCCGACACGGCGGGGCUGGCGGCUCCCCUUCAGUGACCUGGGCUCGGGCAUCAUCUUCCUUGUCAUCAACGUCCUCAUCCUCAUCCUCAUCCUCUGCCGCCUCCUCCUUGGACGCAGAUGAGGAUGGCCCCAUGCCCUCCCGCAACCGGCCACCCAUCAAGACCUAUGAGGCCCGCAGCCGCAUCGGCCUCAAGCUCAAGAUCAAGCAGGAGGCCGGCCUCAGCAAGGUGGUGCACAACACCGCACUGGACCCGGUGCACCAGCCCUUGCCUGCGCCUGCGCCUGCACCUGCGAAAGGGGCGGAGCCUCCGCCGCGCCCGGCCCCACCCCCACCUCCUCCUGCCACGCAGGCGCAGAUGAAUGGCACUCUGGACCAUCCCCCGCCUGCAGCACGCAAAUCCACAGUGCCUGCGCCCUGCCCACGCCUACCAUUGCGCAAGACCUACCGUGAGAACGUGGGCGACCAAGGUGCUGCCGAGGGUGCGCAGGGACGGCCGCGGGGUACGAACAGCCCGACCCCACUGCCUGCCAAGGUGGACGAGGCCACCAGCGGGCUGAUCCGUGAGCUGGCUGCCGUGGAGGACGAACUGUAUCAGCGUGUUCUGAAGGGCGGCCCACCACCCCAAGAAACCCCAGCCUCUGCCACCAGCCAGGGCGCCACCGAACCCAGCUGGGAAGCACCCGCGCUGCCCCCGGCCAAACGACGCAAGUCUGAGUCCCCUGACGUGGACCAGGCCAGCUUCUCUAGUGACAGUCCGCAGGACGAUACGCUCACUGAACAUUUGCAGAGCGCCAUCGACAGCAUCCUUAACCUGCAGCAGGCCCCUGGCCGGACACCUUCAGCCCCAUACCCCCACACAGGGCCCACACCCGGCACCCCCACAUCCCCAGCGCCCCUGCACAGGCCAGACGCCUUUCCGCCCUCCAGUCACAACGGUGGCCUCGGUGCCAGGACGUUGAACAGAUAACACUGGGCUGCUCCUGCGGCCCCUGUUGGGUGCCCCCAACCCCACCUCCAGGGGAGCAGCCUGGCAGCCGACUUCCACCUCUAAGGGGACACUAAACCAGUUCCCCUGACAAUUCUUGCCUAAGUUAUUUGAGUCACAAAGGCCUCCCCACCCUCCUGCUUCCACAUUGGCUAGAGAGUUGGGAUGGGGCGUGGGCUUUCUAGGGGAAGGGGGGCUGUAAUGUACAAUGUUCCCCCCCUGGCACAGGACAGGCCAGGGGAUAAGAGUGAGUGUUUCCCAGGACUGGGCUACUGGGUUGGCACACUGGUAACAUCUGAAUACCAGGCCUUGUCUGAUUGGCUUUAUGGAUCACUGUCCAGGGCGCUCAGAGCUGUGAGAGACCUUCAGACAUGCUCCGCUCCCUUCGCGUUCCCCACAGAGCCUGGAAAAUUAGGAAACAAGGACUCAAGCCAGUGUCCCAAAGUAUCUGCGUCCCAUCCAUAACGUGCACACACCUGAGCCAUUCUGUGUGUGUGCAUGCACGAGAGAGUAAGAGAGAUCCCCACCACCCCCAUCCCUCCAGAGGAACAAGACACGGGGUCUUCCUUCCUCCUCCCAAGCGUCUUCCCUGUAUUCUUGCCUCCAACCCACCAUGCCACGUUUUGAAAUCUCGGAGACAAAACUAGUACUGUAAGAUAAAGUUUUUUUUUUUUUUUGUACUGUAUUUAUUGUGUAUAACGAUUUUUUUAAGGGAGAAUUCUGUACAUCUAGAACUCUUGUAAAUUAAAAACCAAUCCUUUUUUUUUUAAACUGUA